AUGGACAACCACCACCACUACCACCACCCUUCUCAGCCACCGCCUCAGCUCACUUCAGCCAAGAGUUCGCGCCAACGCUACAACGAAUGGAUAUUUCGUGAUGUUCCAAGCGAUAUAACGAUAGAAGUGAAUGGUGUUAUGUUUGCUCUUCAUAAGUUCCCUCUUGUUUCCAGAUGCGGUCGAAUCCGAAGAUUAGUAGCAGAACACAGGGAAAAUGCAAUAUCAAAGAUAGAACUUGUGAGUUUACCAGGAGGAACAGAAACAUUUGAGCAAGCUGCUAAAUUCUGCUACGGAAUCAACUUCGAGAUAACAUCAUCCAACGUCGCUCAGCUAUGUUGCGUCUCCGACUACCUAGAAAUGACAGAACACUUCUCCAAACGUAACCUGGGUUCCCGUGCCAACGAAUAUCUCGACACUGUUGUCACCAAGAAUCUUGAAAUGUCUGUUGAAGUUUUGAAACAAUCUGAAAACUUACUCCCUUUAGCUGAUGAUCUUAAAAUCGUUACUAGAUGCAUCGAUGCUAUAGCUUCUAAAGCUUGCGUUGAGCAAAUCGCGUCGAGUUUCUCGAGGCUAGAAUACAGUAGCUCCGGCAGACUUCACAUGAGUCGAUUCAAGGGGGAACCCGAUUGGUGGAUCAAAGAUUUGUCUGUUCUUCGAGUUGAUUUCUAUCAGAGAGUUAUGAACGCGAUGAAAUGUCGAGGGGUGAGGCCGGAGAGUAUCGGUGAAUCGCUUAUGAGUUAUGCCGAAAAGGAGUUAACGGGUUUACACAAUCAGAAUAAAAAAGUCGAGGCUCGUGGUGGGUCGGGUCACGAAGGAAUCGUGGUGGAAGCCAUUGUCGGUUUACUUCCGGUUGAGAAACUUGCAGUGCCGUUAAGCUUUCUUUUCGGGCUGUUGCGAGCGGCGGUGAUGCUUGAUUGCUCGGUGGCGUGUCGGCUUGAUCUCGAGAGGCGAAUUGGAUCACAGUUAGAUUUGGCGACACUCGAUGAUCUUUUGAUCCCGUCUUUACGCCAUGGAGAUGAUACAUUGUUCGACGUUGACGCUGUUCAUAGAAUUUUGGCAAAUUUUUCGCAGCAAGAUGAUAGCGACGACGAUGAUAUGGAAGAUGACGAUGGUGAUGGUGAUGGGUUUGAGUCAGACGGGCCGGAUUCGCCUUCCCAAUCGGCUCUAGUCAAAGUCUCGAGGCUAAUCGACAGUUAUCUCGCUGAAAUCGCACCGGAGACAAACCUUAAACUCUCCAAAUUUAUCGCGGUGGCGGAAAGCUUACCGGCACACGCUCGUACAGUUCAUGAUGGUCUAUAUCGAUCCAUCGAUGUUUAUCUCAAAGCUCAUCAGGGUUUAUCGGAAUUCGACAAAAAGAAGCUCUGUAAACUGAUUGAUUUCAAUAAACUGUCGCCGGAAGCCGGAGCACACGCUGCACAGAACGAACGCCUUCCUCUUCCGGCAGUCGUUCAAGUCCUGUACAUUGAGCAGUUAAGGCUUCGAAAUGCGUUAUGCUGUAAUUACCCAGAGGAGAACCUGAAGCCGCCGAUGCACCACCAGUCGUGGCGGAUCAACAGCGGAGGUCUGAGCGCUGCCAUGUCACCGAAAGAUAAUUAUGCAUCUCUGAGGCGGGAAAACCGGGAACUGAAACUGGAGUUGACUCGGUUAAGAAUGAGAUUGAAUGAUUUCGAGAAAGAACAUGUGUGCAUGAAGAGGAGUAUGCAGAAAUCGAAUUCACGUAAUUUCAUGAGUUCUUUCUCGAAGAAAAUUGGUAAAUUGAAUAUGUUUGGACAUGGUUCUUCUUCGAGGGGAUCAAGUUCACCACCAUCUAGGCAUUCAGAAAGAACAGAUUCUAAGGUCAUAAGUAGGACAGAUUGA